GGAAGCAAGCUACCAAGCUAUCGCUUCUCCAUUCCUACCACCGAUCACCGCAAAAUCAACGUCUCUGUCGCUCGACACCAAGCACCCACCACAAUCACCAUGGCAGAAAUCGCAGCAGGCGCUGUCGUAGCUGAGCAGGUCGUUUCCACUGGCAUCGAGGCUGGAGCGGCCGUCGCUGUGGCACGCCCAACCCAGCCUCUGAAGGUGUCACUAUCCCAGGUCGCCACCACCCAGUCCCCCGCUUUCGACACGUCCGCUCUUGCACGUUCCCACCAUUCAGUCACCGUCGUCAACCACAAGGCAUGCAUCUUCGGCGGCGAGACAGCAGAGGGCGAGCUAGCUUCUACUGACUUCCAUGUCCUCUCCUUGCCGGCCAUGACCAAGGGUGAGCCAGUUGCAGCCUAUGCUUGCUAUCCGGCAUUCGCAAUGCAGGAUGCAGAGACCGGCAAGACCUACGUCCCUUCCCCGCGUUCAAGACAUGCGGCGGCAGCCCGCGGCCAGUUCGUGAUCGUCAAUGGCGGUGCUGAUGCCAGUGGAAAGCCCAUCGACGAGACGUGUCUCUGGCUAUGGGACUCUGAGAGUUUGAAGUGGACCAAGAUCCAAGGAGCAAGCCAGAUUGGCAAGACCAUCACCCCGAGAUUCGACCACCACAUCUUUGUCGAGCAGACCCAGGACUUCCUGGUUCUUCACGGAGGACGGACUGCACCAGGACAGGAAGCAUCUACCGAGACGUGGAUGUACAACUUUGACACUCUCGCCUGGACAGCGUUGCCGCCUUCUCCUCAGCCUCCUCUCGCGGCCACGUUCGUGGAUAAUGUUCUUUAUACCAUCGGGGCUGACUCAUCAUUAGAGUUACCGUUUACGAAUACGAUAAGGGUUAACGAAGAUUUCCAACGUUAG